AUGGCAUCUGCUUCGACAGCAUCAACCAGCCAGCCUGUUGCCGAAAAUGGCCAGCAGCCUGUCGCCGUUGUAUGCGUCGGCAUGGCCGGGUCGGGCAAGACGACCUUCAUGCAACGCAUCAACGCUCACCUCCACGGGAAAAAAGACCCGCCCUACGUGAUCAACCUCGACCCAGCGGUGCUGAACGUCCCCUUCGACAGCAACAUCGACAUCCGAGACAGCGUCAACUACAAGGAGGUGAUGAAGCAGUACAACCUGGGCCCGAACGGUGGCAUCCUCACGUCCCUCAACCUCUUCGCGACAAAGGUCGACCAGAUCCUCGGCCUCCUCGAGAAGCGCACACAGCCCGACCCGGCCAACCCGAACAGGAAGCCGAUCAACAACAUCCUGGUGGACACUCCCGGCCAGAUCGAGGUGUUCGUGUGGUCCGCAUCGGGGACGAUCCUGCUCGAGAGCCUGGCCUCGAGCUUCCCGACGGUCAUCGCGUACAUCAUCGACACGCCGCGGACGAGCUCGACGUCGACGUUCAUGAGCAACAUGCUCUACGCCUGCAGCAUUCUCUACAAGACCAAGCUGCCCAUGAUCCUCGUGUUCAACAAGACCGACGUCAAGGACGCAAGCUUCGCCAAGGAGUGGAUGACGGACUUCGAGGCCUUCCAGGCCGCGCUCCAGGACGACGAGAACAGCAACGCUUUUGGCGGGACGGAAGGCGGCGAGGGCGGGGGCAGCGGGUACAUGGGGAGUCUACUGAACAGCAUGAGCCUGAUGCUGGAGGAGUUCUACGCGCACCUGAGUGUCGUCGGCGUGAGCAGCAUGACGGGCGCGGGUGUCGACGACUUCUUCGAGGCGGUCGCCGUGAAGGCGGAGGAGUUCAAGAGGGACUACCAGCCAGAGCUGGAGAAGAAGAGGAAGGAGAGGGACGAUGCGAAGCGGGCGACGAGAGAGAAGGAGCUGGACAAGAUGAUGAAGGGCAUGUCCAUGGCUGGCCUCGCUACAGACGAGAAGAAGGACGGCGACGGCGACAUCGAUGCCAUCAGCGACCAGGACUCAGACGAGUACGAUGACGACGAGACGGACCGCCAUGGCCUGCAAGCGAGAUAUGAGGCGGCGAUGGAGGGUGGCGAGGAGACUCUCAGCCAGGAGGCCAGCUUUGCAAAGUUUCUACACCAGCAGCAGAAGAAUCAAGGCUAG